UAUUUCUCUUGUGUUUUGUUUUUAUUUUUAACAUAGAUUUUAGAACUAUCUAGUUGGUUUCCUUAACGAUUUUUAAGCAACACACCCUAAAAAUGGGAAAGAGAAAGCAAACACUCCCAAAGUUUGCUGACCAAGCAAAACGUCAGCAGCUUGAGUGGAACAUGCUUGAACAGAUGAACAACUCCCAGACAUUUAUUUGUGAUCAGAUACUUGAGAAUGUAAAUGUAGACAACGCUGCCUCCUCAUCAUCCUCAACGCCACAAAAUGAUGUGAGCUCAUCGAAUCAUACACCACUACAUGCUCUGUGUGUGGACACUUUCUACCAGAAUUUAGCAUCCUGCCAUUCCACUUUAACACUACGUAAAGCCACAUCCGUCAAGUUGAAAAACAAUUCCCAUUUCUUAGAAUUCGGACAGUUCAAGGUAACACUUGUAAGCCAUUCCUCAAUCACACCUCUUCCAGAAGUACUUCCAGACUUUGAAGACUGUUGGUUAUAUCUUUCACAUAAGGACACAAGUAUGUUGUAUUUUGAAACAGAGAAAAAUGGUGAGAGCAUAGCUCGGCAAAAAAGGACCAAAUCGCGCCAAUCAAAGUUUGGCCUCUUUUGGUUUGUUUCAUUAAGUGUACCCGUUGCUGUUUUAACAAAUCUCAAACACAAAUCAUUUUUGCUUUUGUGUGAUGAGUUUGACUCUACCAAAAAGGAGUUUACUGUUUCUAUAUAUGGUAGUGAAACACUGGUGUUAAAGUUGUCUCAUCCUAGUGAAUCAUUGCGCUUCAAAAUACCCCAGUUAGCUGUACAAAAACUUAUGGACUACUACUAUCACAUGUGUUUGCCUUAUGCCUAUGAAGGUGUUGAAAGAACAACUGGGCAUGACUUUUUCCACUUGUAUGAAUGUGUGAUGGCCGUCCAGAUGGAGAGGCUAUCUUUAGACCCUACGUGGACUGUAGAAGUGAGUCAGAUUCACCACGGCUGCCUUAAACCCACCCUGAGACAGUACCAGAAACAGAGCGUUGCCUGGAUGCUGAGACAAGAAAGAAAUUACACAGCCACUAAAAGACAGAUUAAUGAGCUGCAUCCAUUGUAUUGUGCUGUCACUCUUAAAGACGGAACUGCUCUUUUCUACAACAGACAUGGAGGAAGUCUGGUUAGGGAGAAGCCAAAGGCCAUACCCCAUCUGCCAGGUGGUAUCCUAGCUGACGAGAUGGGCCUGGGUAAAACAGUGGAGGUGCUUUGCUGCAUGCUACUCAACCCCAGGCCAAAUAUUGAACUGCCUGAGGAACUUCCGACGCUGGAGGAUUCAGCCGCAGGUAGUGACGAGAACAGUCUCUCCUCAGAGGCUCCUCAGCUUGAACUACCUGAGAAACUACCAGUACUUAAACAUUCAGUUACAGGUAGCGAUGACAACAGCCUGUCUUCUGAAGCUCCGAAUCUUGAACUACCUGAUAAAGUACUUAAGCAUUCUAUUACAGGUAGUGAUGACAACAGUAUUUCAUCCGAAGCGCUGAAUCUUGAACUUUCAGAGAAACCCCCAGUGCUUGAAAGUUCACUACUUUCUAGCGUUGAAAAUAAUCUUUGUUCAGAUGCUGUAGAGGACUCAGAAGAAAAGACAAUGAAUGUUGAUGAUGCAGAAAACACACAUGAUGAAAACGGAAGUUGUGUUUUUGACAGCCAUAAAAUAAAGUCUGUAUCAGUGGCUGUUCCCUCGCAGGAUUCUAACAGUAGCUCCGACACAAUCAUCUUCACUAAUGAAGAAAGUUAUCCCCAAACUGUCGACAUGGUCGACAGAUCAGCUUGUCAGAGCAAUGUUGAUGCAGGUGUGAUAACAUUUCUGAAUAGUAAGGAAAUACAAAUACUUGACGACGCAGAAACAGACAUUCCCACUGCUUUUGAUCUCAAGUCAGCCCAUGCAUCAAACAUAAGUCAAAGUAUUAACAAUAAGCUGGUGUACAAUGUGUCAUGCAUUACUAAUCAGCCUGGUAAUGAUCGCCAGCAAGAAAAAAUACUAAUUAAGGUAACACACUCAAAUAAUCUUCACACAACUAACGGUGUUGGCGAAGUUUUCAUUAAAAACCUUAACUCUAACGGAGCCUCUAUCGAACAGGCUUGUGGUUCAAAAGUUCGUCGUAUCUCAGUAUUAGAUUCAUCGUUACUCAAACAAGGCUUACAAAAAGCUAGCGUAACCCCAGUGCUUAAGGAAAAGAAAAAGCGUAAAGGCUACGUUGAAUACGUCCCCAUGUCGGAAGAGGCCAGCUACUUCACGACUAAGCCGACGGCCCAGAAACAAUUCUUUGAGUGCAACUGUGGCCAGCUUGACGAUGAGUAUGAAACCAGGAGGAAGGGGCUGCACACCGUCAAGUGCGAUCUGUGUGGCAUGUCCCAACAUGCAGAAUGUAUGAACUACGACCUCAAGGACCCACACAGGGGACAGUACCGAUGUCCGCACUGCCAUGCAUUACAUACUACAAUAGAAUCAGGAGCAACUUUGAUCAUCUCACCAUAUUCUAUAUGUCACCAGUGGAUUGAAGAAAUUAGCAAACACAUCAAAGAGAGAAGCAUUCGAGUGUUUAUAUACACAGGCGUGGCAAAAUUAGGCUACAUUCAACCUCAGACACUUGCUCAACAAGACAUAGUCAUAACGACAUAUGAUGUGCUACGUAAGGAGUUAGAUUAUGUGAAUAUACCUCACACCAACAGUGAAUCUGGGAGAAGGUUUAGGCACCCUAAAAGAUUCCUGGCAACACCGUCCCCCUUGGUGGCUGUAGAGUGGUGGAGGAUUUGUCUUGAUGAAGCACAGAUGGUGGAGUGUGUCACUACUAAGACUGCUGAAAUGGCCUUGAAACUUAAAGCUGUGAAUAGGUGGUGUGUUACAGGUACACCCCUCAUGCGCAGUGUUGAAGACAUCUAUGGCCUUCUCCUGUUCCUUGGGGUGGACCCACUCAUGGUCCAGCAGUGGUUCCGCCUCCUGGUGUGGGAGCCCUUUUGUCAUGGCUUCACGGCCCCCAUGCACCAGGCUCUGGCCCAGAUACUUUGGAGGACGGCCAAGAAGGAUGUCAUUGAUCAGAUUGAUUUACCUGCACAGACAGAAGAAAUUAACUGGCUGACAUUUUCUCCUGUGGAGGAACAUUUCUACCGCAGGCAGUACGAGGUUUACCUGCGCAACGCAUACGCAUACAGGAACAAAGCUCAGCAUAUUCAAGAUCCCAACACCAAGCUCCAUGCCCUGGAUAGAAAAACUAUGAGUGAACUUCUGAGUCCCUUGUUCCGGCUAAGACAGGCCUGUUGUCACCCCCAGAUUGUCAGGGGAGAGUUCUUGCCCCUUAACAAAACGAUGAUGACAAUGGAAGAACUGCUGGAACAUAUGACCAAGAAGGUGAAGACAGAAUGUGAGGAGGCUCACAGGCAGAUAGUAGCUUCACUCAAUGGCAAGGCUGGCCUGUUGAUACUCAGGGGAAAGCUGGCAGAAGCAGUGGAGAAGUACAGAGAUGUCCUGAGGUCAGUGGAGGAACACAAAGAUCAGUUCCGGACAGAUGACCUGCAGCAGCUCCAUGCCAUGUACAACCUGGCUGAGAUCCUCGACAAGAAGCCGGACAACGUGGCACCAACACUCCGUGAUGCUAGCUUGAGGGAUGAGUGUGCCGCCUUGAAGGAAAAGUACAUGUCAAAAACUAAAACAAGUUUCACCAGCAGCAAGGAAGCUGUGGACCUGGUACAGAGAUCAUUGAAUGAGUUGACACUAAAGCUCUCUUCAUUGGAUGGUGACUGGUGGGCUGAUGUUGUGGACAUGGCUGUACACAGGGCCAUAGAGAAAGAUCUCAUCUGUAAAAUUAAAGAUGAUCUGCUCAGAACCUCCACAACAGAGGGGACCAUUGCUGAUGUAUUUACAGAUGCUAGUGGUCUGAUGUACAUCAUUGACUCCCACCUUCAGACACUCCACAAAGCCAGGAAGAGCCUGAAGGCAGACCUGGAUAAUCUGGCCAACGACACGUCACACGCUCUGGUGCAGACAGCAGCCUCCUGUUGUCUCAGACCUGUUGAAGAGGUUCUUAAGACGUGCCCUUUUUGUAAAGUUGAUGAAUUAUUCAAUGAAUAUGAAUCAAGGUUGUUUCUUUUUGUAGAAAGGGGAAUCACUGUGUCAGGUGAUGACAACAACCUGGCCUAUCAGGUGAGCACCAAAAGACAAGGCACCUGGGCCGACAGCGAGGUGGAGAGGUCUCUCAAGAGCAUCUUGUCCUUCUACAGACUCCAGUUUGAUCCAGACCAUGAUAUUUUAGAGGCAGCAUCUACACAGUUAAAAUAUUUAGAAACCUUAAAGAAAGAAUUCAAGAAUUUACGCUCACUCUGGCUGAGUCAUAGAGAGAUGGUAUCUGCUAUUGAUGAGUGUGAAAUGGCAACUGAGAGGCUGAGACUACGGACAAGAUUUGAACCUGAGGCAGCUACUAAAAUACCAAAUGUUAUAGAAGAGAGAGAUAUGUUGCAGCACGAGCUAAAGUGUUCCUCUGAUGAGAUCAUUGGUAGAGAGGAGCUCAAGAAAAAACAGGGCCAGUUGAUUUACCUCAAAAAUCUGGCCAAGAAGAACUCCAAUGGUGAAGACUGUAACCCAGACAACUGCCCUAUUUGCCAGAUGGAGCUGGGUGUUGAGUGGAGUGUGUUAAUGUGCGGUCAUUGUUACUGCCUGCGCUGCAUCCGGGCCUUGAUUGACCGCAACUUGAUUGGUGGUCAGAUACUGGAGCGAAGGCUCAAGUGUCCAAUGUGUCGUCACAUGACGUCAGUGAGAGAGAUCUCCUAUGUGACAACUAAAAAAACAGUUCGUCCAGAUGUCAAGGGCAGUCACUCCACCAAAGUUCAAGCCAUUAUAGAAUGUUUACUUAAAAUCAGACAAGAGGACCCCACAGCCAAAUCUUUGGUGUUUUCUGUUUGGGUUAGUGUGCUAGACAUCUUGGCUGCUGCAUUAGCUAAAAACAAAAUCAUUUACAAAAGUCUCCAUGAUCUCAACUAUUUUCAGAAAAAUUUAUCAGCCUUCAAGUCAGAAGAGUCCAUUCAAGUUCUCCUCCUCCCCCUACAUUCUGGUGCUAAUGGACUGAACCUGGUAGAGGCCAAUCAUGUGCUUCUGGUGGAGCCAGAGUUAAAUUUAGAAGAGGAGGCGCAGGCCAUCUCUAGAAUCUACAGGAUCGGUCAAACCAGGCAAACCAAGAUUCAUCGUUUCUUAGUGCGUGGUACGAUAGAAGAGAAGAUCUACCACAUGGUGAAGACGUUGAGAGAAUCUAAGUCUGGGAAUGAAGAGGGUGGGGAAACUCUGGAGCUGACCGUUGGUCACAUUACCUCGUUACUUCAACAGCCAGGUCCGAAUGAUGAUGAAGAUGAUAUGGAGGAUGUGGACCCUGUCAGAAAUGCUCAAGGCUUGACGCAACACACUCCUCCUGUUAGUCAGAGUGUUGGUCACUUACCAUCUGGUCAGUUGUCUUCUGCUUCAAUUGGUCAGCCGUCUUCUACUUCAGGUCAACAGACUGGUCAGUUGUCUUCUUCUACUUCAGGUGAACAGACUGGUCAGUUGUCUUCUUCUACUUCAGGUGAACAGACUGGUCAGUUGUCUUCUACUUCAGGUGAACAGACUGGUCAGUUGUCUUCUUCUACUUCAGGUGAACAGACUGGUCAGUUGUCUUCUUCUACUUCAGGUGAACAGACUGGUCAGUUGUCUUCUUCUACUUCAGGUGAACAGACUGGUCAGUUGUUUUCUGUCUCAGGUGAACAGACUGGUCAGUUGUCUUCUUCUACUUCAGGUGAACAGACUGGUCAGUUGUCUUCUGCUUCAAUUGGUCAGUUGUCUUCUACAUCAGGUGAACAGACUGGUCAGUUGUCUUCUUCUACUUCAGGUGAAGAGACUGGUCAGUUGUCUUCUUCUACUUCAGGUGAACAGACUGGUCAGUUGUUUUCUGUCUCAGAUGAACAGACUGGUCAGGUGUCUUCUUCUUCAGGUGAACAGACUGGUCAGUUGUCUUCUGCUUCUGCUAGUCAGUUGUCUUCUGCCUCAGGUGAACAGACUGGUCAGUUGUCUUCUGUUUCUGCUGGUCAGUUGUCUUCUGCUUCAAUUGGUCAGUUGUCUUCUUCUACUUCAGGUGAACAGACUGGUCAGUUGUUUUCUGUCUCAGGUGAACAGACUGGUCAGUUGUCUUCUUCUACUUCAGGUGAACAGACUGGUCAGUUGUCUUCUGCUUCAAUUGGUCAGUUGUCUUCUACAUCAGGUGAACAGACUGGUCAGUUGUCUUCUUCUACUUCAGGUGAAGAGACUGGUCAGUUGUCUUCUUCUACUUCAGGUGAACAGACUGGUCAGUUGUCUUCUUCUACUUCAGGUGAACAGACUGGUCAGUUGUCUUCUUCUACUUCAGGUGAACAGACUGAUCUGUUGUCUUCUGCUUCAGGUGAACAGUCCAUGACAAUAGACCAGGGUUAA